UGAAAUUUCUACAUUUAUAAAGGAAAAUAAAAUAAAAACAUAAGAAGUAGGGGACCUUAUGUGUGUGGGUCAAUGUUGUUUUCUAUUUAAAGCUAAGAAGAAUGAUUUCAAUGGAUUAGUUUCUCCCAACUCUUUCAUCUUUUUUAAGCAACCACCCAAAAACAAUAUUACAUAACCUAAAUCUCUACUUCUUCAUACAUUUAUAGCAAAUCCUCUUUUGCUUUAAACCCACCAAAUAACUCAGAGCUUUUUUGCAUUUUUUCCCAUUCUCUAUUUUGUUUUGUACUUUUGGUCUCACUUUAAAAGAUCAUAAGUUGAAAGAUUUCUGCAGAGAACAAUAUGUUGGAAGGUCUUGUCUCUCAAGAAAGCUUGUCCUUAAACUCUAUGGACAUGUCUGUACUUGAAAGGCUUAAAUGGGUACAACAGCAACAACAGCAACUGCAACAAGUUGUGUCCCAUAGCAGUAAUAAUUCACCUGAACUUCUUCAGAUACUUCAGUUCCAUGGAAGCAACAAUGAUGAGUUGUUGGAGAGUAGUUUCAGCCAAUUUCAAAUGCUUGGAUCUGGUUUUGGACCAAACUAUAACAUGGGUUUUGGUCCUCCACAUGAAUCCAUUUCAAGAACAAGUAGCUGCCAUAUGGAACCUGUGGAUACAAUGGAGGUUUUGUUGAAGACCGGUGAAGAAACCAGAGCCGUUGCCUUGAAGAACAAGAGAAAACCAGAGGUUAAGACAAGGGAAGAGCAAAAGACAGAGAAGAAGAUCAAAGUAGAGGCUGAGACAGAGUCAAGCAUGAAAGGAAAAUCAAACAUGGGAAACACUGAAGCAUCUUCAGACACUUCAAAGGAGACAUCGAAAGGAGCUUCAGAGAAUCAGAAAUUAGAUUAUAUCCACGUGAGAGCUCGUCGAGGCCAAGCCACUGACAGACACAGCUUAGCAGAAAGGGCGAGAAGAGAAAAGAUCAGCAAGAAAAUGAAAUAUCUGCAAGAUAUUGUGCCUGGAUGCAAUAAGGUCACAGGAAAAGCUGGUAUGCUUGAUGAGAUCAUCAAUUAUGUUCAAUGUCUCCAAAGACAAGUCGAGUUCCUGUCGAUGAAACUUGCUGUCUUGAACCCGGAACUAGAGCUUGCCGUGGAAGAUGUAUCCGUAAAACAGUUUCAGGCUUACUUUACAAAUGUAGUUGCUUCAAAGCAAUCAAUAAUGGUUGAUGUGCCAUUGUUUCCGUUAGACCAGCAAGGAUCUCUAGAUUUGUCUGCGAUAAACCCGAACCAAACGACAUCUAUCGAAGCUCCAUCUGGAAGCUGGGAAACUCAAUCACAGAGUCUCUACAACACAUCUAGCCUCGGUUUUCAUUACUAAGCAAGAUUCAUUGAAACAACAUGGUUGACAUCAAUCAAUCAUCAAAAUCAGAAGCAAAUUCUAUUACAUUUGCUCAUCAAAGUAGUAAUUUCGAAAUUUGGUUAAUGCAUUAUCCUUUGAUCCUUGUUUUCUGAUAUUUAAACCAGAAGAACUGGAGAUAGCAAUCCAAUGAUCUUGUCACCAUCAAUCUUUGUGUAUAGAUUAUAUAGAGAGAUAGAUAAAUAUGUUUUAGAGGAGUUAUAGAUAUAUAUCAUAUUUGUAGAAGAAAGAGAGAAAACUCUUGUGGUAAUUACAAUUCUUGUUUGUUUUUUUGGAUAUAUAAAUAUCUAAGAAAAUUAUAAAUCGUUUUCCUGUUUUUUUUUUCUGCAACGAAUAUCUAAGAAAACUCUUGUGGUAAUUACA